AGAAUGUGGUCGCUCCGAAGUUCAACGUGAUUCGAUCGCAAAGUGUCCAAGCUUGGAUGCAGAAGCGGGCUCCCGGUUUAAGUCGAAAACAAGCGAGUAUCCAUGAGGAAGGCUUUCUCAGGUUGCUCUGGACCACGAUCGAUUACGAUGGAAACAACUACAUCGACUGCGACGAAUUGCAGUUGAUCGUUGCUGGGAUGCGGCUGUCCUUCUACUCCGUGUUUUACUUCGGCGAAACGUCGGACUUCGUGUACAAGGACCCAAACGUUAAGAAAGAAGUGAAGAUGUUGGGGUUUAGUAGCCGCAUUCCACUGUUUCUGCGGAACAGCUCUGCAAUCGCGGGAAAAGGUGACGGGCUUGCGGCCCUAGUGAAACAAGCUGGUGGAGGAG